AUGGCAGUUGACAGAGGAUUUCUGAAAGACUAUAAAGAUUAUACGUAUAUUGAUGACGAUGGUUAUCCGGUUUACAGAAGACGCAACAAUGGAAACAAUGUCGUGAAAAACGGUCUCUUUGGACAACAGGUCUCUAUUUGUUAUGUUGAUUACAUCAGACAGUCUAUCCGACCUCAUCAUGUUUUUAAAGAGACCUAUAAUUAUCUUUCUGAUGAUGUGGUUCACAUUCGUGAACAAGAAAUCGGCGUAAGAGGUGGUGCCUUUUUCCUGUAUGGUUAUGGAGGAACGAGAAAAAUAUUUGUUUGGAAGGCAUUGUCUGCUGCUAUUAGAUCUAAAGGUGGAAUUGUUAUCAACAUUGCUUUAAGCGGAAUUGCAGCACUCUUGCUCUCUGGUGGUAGGACAACCCAUUCAAAAUAUCAUAUACCAAUAAACUUGAAUGAGGAUUCAUUUUGUUCUAUUAUGCCAGCUAACGAUGUAGCUGAAGUGUUGAAUAAAGCUAAACUUAUCAUAUGUGAUGAAGUCUCGAUGAUGCACUGUUAUUGUUUCGAAGCAGUUGAUAGGACACUUAGAGACAUUAUCCUUUCAUCGGACGAGAAUAAACCGUUUGAAGGUACUAUUGGUGGCCAUAAUGAUGGUGAAGUUGAAGUUGAAUUUCCAGAAGAUGUUAUCGUUCCCUCUACGUGUGACCAUAUUCAUUCAAUUGUAUCCACCAUUUAUUUAUCCUUUCAGAACCAUCUUGAUGAUCCAUCGUAUUUUCAAGAUAAAGCUAUUUUGGUCCCUACAAAUGAAGAAGUCGGUGCUAUCAACGACUACAUGUUAGAAUUGAUGAAAGAUGAAGGGAAAACGUAUAUGAGUUCAGAUUCUUUAUGUGAAACUGAGGUACAAGAUUUUUAUUGA